UAACUAACUAUAUUUUUUAUACAAUAACAAAAAUAAUGAAUCAUACUGAUACACUGCACGAAAUCUAUGCUCAUAUGAGCUGCUUCAGCUUGAUGACUGUGAGUUUUCCCAAUCGCUGUGAGCUGUCGAAGCUUGUGGAGAACUGCAAGCAUUUCUCCAGCUUCAUCAAGUACUUUGAACUGAUGUAUUGCUAUAUGGGCAUCAAUCAGCGAUAUCAGGAGUAUAUACUGCUGUUGCUAUUCCUAUUGAUGGGAGCUUGCUGCAUGAUUGUCAUAGCACACAUUGUGGAUAACUACCUUGGAGCGGUGCUCAAAAUAUUGGGAGUCAAGCUGUAUAUGAAUGAGUAUGUUACGGCUGUGGUGCUGGUGUCCUUUGGCAAUGUAAUGCCGGAUCUGAUUGUCAACUUUAUGCCAGUUAGAAUGCAUAUUGAUUUAUUUACCAUAUUCGUAGCCAAUGCGCUGGCUACGCUGCUCUUCAGCGGCGGCAUCAUAUGCUACAUAAAGUCCUUUCAAAUGUACGAACAUGCCACUGUGCGUGAUCUGCUGUUUAUGAUCUUCAGCUGCACAUUUCUGGAGCUUUGCAUAGUCGAGGAUAAAACAGUAACGAACGCUGAGUGUUAUUCUCUAAUCGCCGUCUAUGUGUGCUAUUUGCUAAUCAAUAUCAUAGACAUGUCGCUGGUGCGGCACUCCAUAAAAACGCUGCGGGCUCAAAUACGCGCGUUGAGCAAAAGGCCGCCAGGACCUGCGCGCAAUCGACUGCUGGGCAAAAAGCAGCAGCUGCUGCUGAAGAUGGAGCAGGAAAAUCGAUUCAUUAUACGCCAUCAGUCAUACAAGCUGCGCUUUGGUGUAACCAAUACCAAUACCAGAGCAAGCGGUCGUGACGUUCUCGAUACCCAAAGUCUGGGCACGCACGCGUUCUCCACUAGACGCUCGGAGCCGCUGCUGCCUGCAAUGGAUACCAAUCAGAUGCGUUAUAUACUGCACAGUCCACGUAAUUCCAAGAAUCGCUUUUUGUUUACAGAGUUCUUUGAGGCCAUUAUACCCAUUGAUAUGCUAAAGUGGCGCACCAGCGGCUGCUGUGGACGCUUCUAUCUUAUACUGGUGGCGCCGCUGAAUUUAAUACUCACUUUGCUAAUACCCUCGGUGGACUUUUUGCUGCACAAACAUGGCUGGAGCAAGCUGCUCAACUGCUUACAGAUUAUAAUCAAUCCGUUUCUUUUCAUAGCAAUCAUUGAAGGCAUGGUGCGCAAGACUUACUAUCGAUGGUAUCUGCUGCUGGACUUUACGCAUGCCAAGUGGAGCUUCUGCGUCACUGUGCCUUUGGCCAUAUUCGUGCUCAUACACGCACGCACAGACAUGCCGCCAGCCUAUCAUGUGGUGUUUACCAUUUUAACUUUAAGCAUUUCGCUGUUGCUGCUCACAAUUUGCGCCACGGAGCUGGAGGUCAUUUCGAUUAUCAUUGGCUUGAUUCUGAAUCUAUCGGAGAGCUUCAUUAGCGCCAUUUAUCGCUCCUUUGCACAGUCUCUAAGCGAUAUGGUAUUGAAUGUUGCAUUGGCAUUGGAAGGCUACGAGCGCAUGGCCUAUGCUGCAAUUAUGGGCUCAGCUAUUUUCAACCUAACAGCUGGCAUAGGCAUUUCGUGCCUUUUUAAUCCUUUGACACGCGGAGCAGGCUCUUCUCGCUGGCUGUUGGGCGAUCAUGGCACAAAUAGUUAUUUCUUUCUACUGAUUGCACUCAUUACAAUGCUUAUGUGGGUUAGCAACUUUAAUUUUCAUACGCGCCGCUCGGUUGCAAUUUUCUCUAUAAUUUUAUAUUUUAUUUACGUGAUGUACGCUGUGCUAGUUGAGUUUAGUUUCAUACAUGCGUUCAAAACAGAUAGUAUGAUGGAGCCAAAGUAAAAGCAAUACAA